CACACACCAAGCAUACACACACACACUCCCAUGAGCAGCAGAUGACCUGCUGGGACCAAGUCCCGUUUGCCCGGUCUGCACCGUAUUGAUUUUCAGUUUGGCCUCCGGGCCUCUGAGUGGCCUCCCAAUCUUCCCGGCCUGGACUUUUGUCCCGGGCUUAGCAGCAGCCCAGUAAACAGCAGCCCACCUGCCGGCUGGGCAGUAGCCUCCUGGAGUUCUGAACUAAACCCAGCCUGCUUGAAGCACUCGGACCCCAUUUCGUCGACACCAGAAAGGGCAGCCGGUUCUUCCUGAAAGCAGUCGGCCGUCCAGGACAGCUACCACCUCUGAGCUGCGACCAGCCUGGGCGCCCCAGCCCUCAGCGGCCCCCCAGAAUGUCCAACCAGGAUCUGAACAUCACAGCCAAGCUCAUCAAUGGCGGUGUGGCAGGGCUCGUGGGGGUGACGUGCGUGUUCCCCAUCGACCUGGCCAAGACUCGGCUGCAAAACCAACAGGGGAGUGACGUCUACAAAGGAAUGGUGGACUGCCUGCUGAAAACAGCCCGGGCCGAGGGCUUCCUGGGCAUGUACCGAGGGGCUGCUGUGAACCUGACCCUGGUCACCCCAGAGAAGGCCAUCAAGCUGGCAGCCAAUGACUUCUUCCGGCAUCUGCUCAUGGAGGAUGGGAGACAGCGCAACCUGAAGAUGGAGAUGCUGGCUGGCUGUGGAGCGGGCAUGUGCCAGGUGGUGGUGACCUGCCCCAUGGAAAUGCUCAAGAUUCAGCUGCAGGAUGCUGGACGCCUGGCCGUCCACCCUCAGAGCCCGGCCUCAGCACCUGCCUCCUCCCGAUCCUACACCACGGGGUCAGCUUCCACCCGCAAGCGCCCAUCCGCCACCCUCCUUGCCUGGGAGCUGCUUCGCACUCGAGGCCUGGCCGGCCUCUACAAGGGGCUGGGCGCCACUCUCCUCAGAGAUAUCCCCUUCUCUGUCAUCUACUUCCCGCUCUUCGCCUGCCUCAACGGCCUGGGGUUCGACGCGCUCUCUGGGAAGGCCUCCUUUGCGCACUCCUUUGUGUCGGGCUGCGCUGCAGGCUCCGUCGCUGCCGUCGCAGUGACGCCUCUGGACGUUCUGAAGACUCGGAUCCAAACCCUCAAGAAGGGCCUGGGGGAGGAAGUCUACAGCGGGCUCACAGACUGUGCCAGGAAGCUCUGGAUUCGAGAGGGCCCAGCUGCCUUCAUGAAAGGCGCAGGCUGCCGGGCCCUGGUCAUCGCCCCCCUCUUCGGGAUUGCCCAAGGCGUCUAUUUCAUUGGGAUUGGAGAGCGGAUCUUGAAGUUGUUUGAGUAGUCCUUUUCCCGGCAGCCGCCUCUCUACCCAGCCCACGUACACCAGACCUUGCCAUCUAACUUGUAGGACUACCUCAUUCUGGGGAGGGACCCUAGUGCACUCUGCUCUCCCUGCACACCUGCGCUUGUCUCCUCUGGGAGAAUGCCUCCCAGGGAUCUGCAGAAGCCCGAACCACACUUACCAGCGUGGCCCUGGUUUGGUGGGUUUCCUGGCAGGCCUUCGCAGUUAGUACAGGCGGAGGGGGUUCCUGCUACACUGCGUUUUGAUCUCACGCUCAACCCUCGGUAGACGCGAGUCAGUUCUAAGAUUUAGCUUUGCUGAUCCCAAAUUCAUAAUUAACAGUUAGUGCUAGCACUGAAUUUGCAGGAAGAGGAGCAUCGGAGAUUCAAGAGGACCAUGAAAGCCCUCGGAGUCAGGACUUCGUAUGAAACCAAGCCAGGCCUUUCACUGUGCUGGCGGGGGUGCGGUUACUGGGGAGUGGAAAGGGCUGGCCAUAAACCUUCUGGAGCCUGGGCUCUCUGGACCCCUCCGCACCAAUGUUCGUGCAAGCCAUUUGAAAUAAAGCCAGGUGGUUAAACCUC